CACCUGCCCUAUGUGUUUUGUGCGUGUCGCUCAACAGGCAUUGGUACCUUGGAGAUUUGUGCCAAACAAGAGGAAGUGGCCAGAUAUUUUAUAAAAAGUUUGUUUUCCUUUAAAAAAAAAAAAGAAAUUGACUUCGUUAGUUAAAGGGAAUUUUGAUUCGAUACUUACUGGCAUGUUGGAACGUCUGAGAGGCAAGUAAAGAGAUAACCAGAACGAUGGCCAGACCUGCCGCUGAUUUUAAAAUUUUGAAAGACAAUCGAUCCUCUUACAACCUCAUUGCCCACGAGCAUCAUGUGCCGCAGUCGCCCUUGUUUGGGCCCCCUCCAAACCAGUCCGGCGGGGCCACCCAUAGAGACAACUACGGAGGGAAUACACAGAGGGAGGCCAUGCCAGGGACGGGGCGAGACUACCAAGAGAACAGGAGAGGACUAACUGAAGAGUAUGACCGAGCUCCGGUGUCUCAUAGAGCAGAAGUGAAUUAUCUCCCUUCAACAGCCCGACAGGUGGACAUCAUCAAGCACGAGCAGCACAUUCCCGCCUCCCCGUUGUACAGACCUGGAGGUCAAGGGAUUGACCCACGAUAUGGGAGUGCCCAAGGAGGCAGAAGAGACUAUGUGGCAGGAAGGGACUAUGAGGACGCCAGGACAAGGUACAACGAGAUGAAAGGCUUUGGACAAGAGCGCAGAACGAUUGGUCAAAUGAAUCACGUGCCGGUGUCCCCCCUGUACCAGCCUGGACAGUUGUACGUCAGCAAGGACAAUCUCACGGACUCAGAGAAGUGGCAGACUAAAGAGGUACCCAGGCCUAAAGAGCCCCCCACCCCUGACUACAACACCACUCAGAUGAAUAUUCCAGAACGUCCAGUGGAAGACACAAAGUUGAAUUUGGAGAGAAUGAGAGGAAGUCAGGAGGACCUCAGAGAUUAUCGCCAGAACAACGCUUCCUGGGCUGGUUAUCAGGACAGGCCUGUCAACAAAGGUCCGCCCUAUACUGACCGUCCAGCUAUAGGAACAGACCGCUCUAAUAAGGUCAACCCAUGGACACAGAUGGCCAGAGAUCGACAAAAUGACCUCAUGGACCCAAGAGUGGGUGGACAUCACGACGGUAUAGGUCUUAUAGGAAACAGGAAUGGUGGAGCUCUGUUGUUCAUUCGCUUCCCAGUUGGUCAAGGGGAGAACGUCCAGGUAGCAGCUCACGCUUUCCUCAAGUCUAAGACACACGACAAUGGCGGACGUUUUCUCGGACUGGCUAAAAAGGUGUAUGACUUUGGUUAUGAGAAGCGACCCACUGAAGCCAUCGGCGUCUACCACUUCCCCAGCAUGGACAAAGCAUUCCUGUUCUUCCAGAUGGACCCCAUCAUCCGACAGCCUGAUUUCCCUCCCCCGUACGGCCACGCAGAGAUGUGGAUUGUCAGUAAUGCCUACCUCCCUGACAACAUGAACCUGUUCAACACCUUCUUACUGUCAGAAGUUGAGCUUCACAGUGGCAAAGACAAGAGAGAAUUUUUUGAGACAUUUCAGAAACCGUUUGAGAGUUACCUGUACAAAAAUGGCGCCAUGCCGUUUGUCAUCUGCUCCUACGGCAGCUACGACAGGAAGAGUCUGAGACGUCACUCGUACCCGCCAAACUCUGUAGUCACGUGUCAUCUGUUCCAAGGAUUGGAUCACCUCAACUGGAUAACCAACGAUGAGACCUACUCGAAGUUUAGAAGUCUGCAUAAUCAAUUGGCAACUGAGAAAUGCACAAUCUUCAAUCUUGUCAAGGAGCCUUUCCAGUAACAACUAAAUGUUUUAAUGUUUAUAAAAAGCAAAUCACAAAUACAUGUAAACAUAUUAACCAUUUUUUUAAGUUUUAGAUAUUUAAAAACCUAGCACUGGGCUAUUUUUAAUGCACAAAAAUUUCAUCAAAAAACAAACUUGACAAUUUAGUCUAAUGUAUUUUUAUGUAUAGGCCAUUAUUUGUUUAUCUAUGUAUAACAUUUGAUUAAUUCAUUAAAAAAUGUAUUCGGUGAAUGUGUAAAUAGUACAAAUAUGAAGGCGAUGUCCAACUGUAGGCUCUUUAAAGGUCUUCCGAUGAAAAAGUAUUAUACUCCAUAAACAGCUUUGUUGAUCGCAAGUUAUAAAUUACUUAGAUGUCAAAUGUAUACGUAUUGAGUUUAAUGACAUCUUUUUAAAUGUAUAAACUGAACUGUCUCAACCUCUUUAGAAGGUAUGUAAUACACACAACUGAAAUAUUUGUAUCUACUAAGUAUAUUUUAAAAGUCUCCUCAAUGGAACUGUAUUCUCGUUCUUGUUGCUAGAGACUCACAUCUUUCAACACUAAGAAACAAGUGCAUCAACAUUUGCUUUGCAGUCUAGAGGGAAAUACAACUUCUGUGGGAAAUAUAACUUCUGUGGGAAAUACAACAAAUGGCAUUUUUCCCUGACUAGAUCUUAUGGAUUUUAUUCACUUCUUAUGUGACCAUAUCCUAUUAUUAUUAUUGAUUUAGACAAAUGUUUCCGAGGGUAUCCGAGACAUUGUUCAACCCUCACAUUCCAUUUUGAAAUACAAUUAUGGGAGAAGUUUGUAUAUUAUAGGCGAGUAUUUUGUAAUUGUCUACAAAUUGAACAAUUUAAUAUUUAAAAACAAAUAAUCCAAAGCAUGGUUUAUUGUAGGGAGAAAAUAUUCUAUGUGAUAAUUACUUAUUUAUACAAAAGAAAAAACUUUACGCUUUUGCAUUGAAAUGUGAUCAAAUAAAUUAUAUUUCAUAA